GCGUCUAUAUGGGUGAACGGAGCUAUCUUUCAUGAGCAUAUGUUCGUUGCAACAUUCACAUGGCGUGAAGUCUCCCGUCGCAUGACAAGACUCCCGUUUCAGAAUAUUGACUUACGUGACAGACCUUCUGCUGAUGAUGAUAUCUUAUCCGAGCCUGGGUCUACUGGUCAGGUGCGCCAUACUUAAACCUCAAGUGAACUCGGAUAAUCUCUAUCUUGGCUUCCAGGUCGGGUCCCAAGUUUCCUAGCCCUUGCUGUUCACGACUUCUGCACCAAUUUUCGUAAUUUUGGUCGGUCUCAAUGUCUCAAUCCUCAGACAGUGAAGUUCUCGGUGUUGUGCUUGUCAUCCGCCAUGGUGAUCGUCAAGGGUUUUAUCAGGAUCCCAACACUUACACAGCUACGGCGACCCAAAUCACGCCUCUCGGAAACCAAGAGGAAUACCAGCUUGGAGAGUACUUGAACAAUCUAUAUUUCAAUGCAUCGUCUCCCUCGCACAUUCCCGAAAUGGGUACGGGGCUUUUUAAUGAGAGCCAGGUACUCAUUCGCGCGGAUCUGGGAGGCGAGGAUGGUGUAGUAUAUGAUUCUUGUAUGUCCCUGGUACAAGGACUAUGGCCUCCAUCUCCAAACAACACUGUCUCCCUUGCAAAUGGGACAACCAUCACAGCUCCCUUGGGUGGAUAUCAGUAUGUUCCUAUUGAGUCUGUCGACCCUAACCUGGAUGUCUCCCUUGAAGGCUUUUUGGACUGCAACACCUUUGACGAUUCAACUACUGCUUUCUACAAUUCUACCGAGUUUCAGGAAAAAGCCAGUGAAAGUGCGGCUUUCCUAAGCUUAUUACCACCCUAUCUGGACGGAAGAGCAGUCACUCUAGAAAAUAUGUGGAACAUCUUCGACUUCAUGAACGUCGAAAGCAUUCACAAUGCCGCCUUUGCCAAAGCGCUCCCUACUACAUUUUUGGCACAGGCACGGGCAUUGGCAAACUGGCAUGAAUACAACGUCUUUAGUUCUCCUCAAAUCGGAGGGAUUGGAAACAUUGCUGGCCAAACAAUGGUUCUCUCGAUCCUGAACGGGUUAUCGGCCAUCGUCGACCCUACAAACCCCCAAAAAUUUGUGUACGAAGCCGUUGCAUAUAAGCCAAUCUUGUCCCUUUUCAAUAUGACUGGUGUUGCAGCGGCAAACCCAGAGCUCGCUGGAAUCGUGAACUACGCUGGUGCUGUCGCCUUCGAAGUACGCCAGCCUUCAUCCGGCGGGGAACCUGUCGUCCGCUUUAAUUUUAAGAAUGGAACGGACAGCGACUUCGUUACUUACAACUACAUGAACCGCACCGGAGAUGUCCCCCUCUCUGUCUUCAUCGACACUUUGGCUCCGGUUGGAGUCAACACGACUGCUGAUUGGUGCAACGUGUGUCAAAACAACCAAGACAGAGGCUGUAGUGCACUUACCCUUGCUUACAACCAAGGGCAUGCUGCUGCCUCCACAAAAAUAAGCCCUGUGGGAGCCGGUUUCUUGGGAGCUGGCCUGACGAUUGCAGUGAUUGCUAUAUUGUUUGGUGUACUCGCAUUCAUGGGUCUGUUGACUCUGGGCAGACUUUCCAAGCGAGCGAGAAAAGAGACUGAUUCAGACGUGAGUGUUGCUAUUCAGGGUUAUCGUCUCUUCUAACAGCGAAUCCAUUCAUGACUAUUGCAUCCAGACGAAAGCGUAAAUGAUGCAUUCACGGUAUGAGAUGACUAGAUACGUUGAUG